CUCCUCACUGUCUUCGCCCCUUAAACUUUAAGCCAAAAUGGUUCUCGACAACCUCCCAAAAAUGCAGCAUCAGCAGCCACAGCAACUGGUUAAGAAGGAGCGGCGAAUGUUCGCUUCCUCUGAUGACCAUGCGAUGAUGAAGCAGGUUGAGGCUACCCAUUCACCUGAUGGCCGGGAUGUUGAACUGGAGCCUAUUCUUCGUGUCAUUGAGGAAACACUCCAUCGUGCCAUUCCCACAGACAUUCAUGGAGUCAUUAAUGGCACACAUAAUGGGCAUGUUGAUGCAACGGCUGCAGAAGAGAAGGCUGCUUUCUUCGGCUAUGAUGAUGUUGAUGGUAUCCCAGAUGGAUUGGCCCAUGUGAUCCACAAAAUUUCCUGCGAGUUUUCUUGCAAGUGUUCAGGUGGAGCAGAUGCCCAUGCGUCAACAAUAGCAAUCCUCAACAUGCUUUCGGGCUACACAUGGGAAGCCAAGGUGGUGAUAUCGUUAGGGGCCUUUGCGGUCAAUUUUGGAGAGUUUUGGCUUGUGGCUCAACUUUUUGCCACCAAUCCACUUGCUAAAUCCGUAGCAAUGCUCAAACAAUUGCCAAACAUCAUAGAACAUUACAAAUCACUCAAACCUCGAUUUGAUGCUAUUAAUAACCUUAUUGAGGUUAUGUUGGAUGUCACCAAGUGUAUCAUUGCAUUCAAGAACCUACCUUAUCAAUAUCUCCAGGAUGACACACCACCCAAGUCAACAGCAUUGACUCAUAUUCCCACUGCAGCUUAUUGGUCAAUCAAGAGUAUGGUGGCUUGCGCCUCUCAACUAACAAGCUUACUCGGCAUGAACUAUGAGUACAUCACAGCUACCUCAGAGGCAUGGGAACUUUCGAGCUUGGCUCACAAGGUUAACAACAUUCAUGAGCACCUCAAAUCACUACUCCUCCUUUGUUAUCAAAACAUAGAGGAAAAGCAGCACGAUGAAUAUUAUCUCAUGCUCGGGCGAAUCUUUGAUGCACCUCACUUAGACAACUUGAAGAUUGUCAAAGCUUUGUUCUGUGCCAAGGAUGACAUUCAUCCACUUAUUGAUGGCUCGUCGAAAACAAGGGUUAAUGUAGAGGUGCUAAGGAAAAAGACUGUAUUGCUGCUCAUAUCAGACCUUGAGAUCUCCCUAGAAGAGGUUGUCAUUCUCACUCAAAUCUACAAAGACUCAAGAAUACAACCAGAUCUUCAAUACGAGGUUGUGUGGGUCCCGGUUGCGGACCCCCUGAUGACAUGGAACGAUUCACACCAACACAAGCUCGAACAGCUUCAAUCAAUGAUGACAUGGCAUAUGCUAUACCACCCCACAUUGCUAGAACCAGCAGUUAUCAAGUACAUCAAACAAGUUUGGCACUUCGAAAAGAAGCCGAUUUUAGUAGCGUUAGAUCCACAGGGCAGGGUGGCAUCACCAAAUGCACUCCACAUGGUCUGGAUAUGGCGAAAUAAUGCCUACCCAUUCACUAGUAUCAAAGAAGAUGCACUGUGGAAGGAAGAAUCAUGGACACUUGAGUUAUUGGUCGACUCCAUUGAUCGAUAUAUACCACGAUGGAUUACUGAACAGAAAUACAUAUGCUUAUAUGGAGGGGAUGACCUAGAUUGGAUCAGAAGAUUUACAAAGAUAGCAUCAGAUAUUGCUAGAGCUGCAGGAAUCACAUUGGAGAUGGUUUAUGUGGGAAAGAGCGGAACCAAGGAGAGAAUAAGAAAAUUAAGUGCAACGAUCAGUGAGGAGAAAUUAAGCCACACAUGGCCCGACCCAACUUCCGUGUGGUACUUUUGGACCCGCCUCGAGAGCAUGUUGUACUCGAAAAUUCAGCAAGGGAGAAAUUUUGAAAAUGAUCCAAUUAUGAAGGAGGUGAUGACCAUGAUGAGCUUUGAUGGGAGUGACCAAGGGUGGGCAUUGAUAUGCCUGGGAUUGAAUGAGAUGGCAAGGGCGAACGCUAAUUUGGCAUAUGCGAGCUUAAAUGAGUAUGGGAAUUGGGAAGGAGAUGCAAGAGAGAAUGGUUUUGUCCCGGCUUUAAGAACAUACUUAGCUAAAUUGCAUACACCUCAGCAUUGCAACCGACUCAUACUUCCUGGGAUCAGUGGUGGAAUUCCAGAGGUAGUGGUCUGUUCUGAAUGUGGCCGAACAAUGGAGAAAUUCUUUAUGUUCCGAUGUUGUACUGAUUAAGGGGAAUGGUUAUUGUGUUUCGAUCGAGACUUAAAUUAUGUUUAUCAGUUGUUUUAGUAUGAUGACCAGUGAGGAAGUGCUGUUGGAAGUGUGAUGCUGGUUUGUAGUUUUAUUUAAGUAACCAUUGGUGUGCUAUUCUUAUUUCUACUUGCAAUGUACAACUUGUUUUCAUCUGUUUAAUUUAAAGAACCCAAAUUAAUUUGAGCCCACUAUAUCUACAUUCUU